CCCUCUGUACCGCGGAGCACUGGGCCCUAAGAAAACAAAAUGGCGGACGRAGAAGAACAGCGUGUUUUACGAGUAAAUCAGCUYGAUGCAACGCUUCUAGACGGUGAGAUCUUUACAGUUUUGAAGGCACAGCUUGUCAAAGCUUUCAAGUUUUUUGAGCCAGGAGUMCUUUCUAAACUGGAACCAGAGCUGAAUGCUAUUCUGAAAGCAAUCGUAUGGAAGUUUUCUAUCUACAACAAAGGCUCCACUGUUGGUCAGCAGAUGUUAAAUAUGCAAUACAGUGACUCCCUGAAUUCUUCUAAAAGAAUUGUACUUGGUGUGGUUGUUAUUGUUGGCAAAUAUCUUCAAGAACGAAGUACUGAGAUUAAACAUAUUACAAGAAGAUAUGGAGAUUUCAAUUUGUUUUGGAAAGUCCUUCGGCUGGGAGAAAAAUUCUACCAAGUGGCUUCACUUAUAAACUUUUUAGUUUUCCUGCAAAGAGGAAGGUUUCAGUCUUUACUGGAGAGAGCUCUKGGAAUCCACCAUGUGUUUGAAAAAAGGCAAUCAAUGAGACAGGGUAACAGUCUAGCUGAUCCUUCAUUCCCAUGUCCUCUUUGUGGACAGUCAGUUGGUAAUGACAUCCACCCAGUGGAGAGCACUGUGGCCCUUCAAGUCAAAUAG